AUGCUGGACGCUUUUGAAAUUGUCACCACUUCUGGUGUGGUUUUGUGGUCCCGAUCGUAUGCUCCAGUGGGCUCGCAUAUCAUCAACAGUCUUAUCAGCGAAGUUUUCAUUGAGGAAAAGGUCAUUCCUACAGAUGGCGCUUCAACAGCAUUCAAGAAAGAGAAAUAUACGUUGAAAUGGCGAAGAGCAAAGGAUCUGGGCUUGAUAUUUGUGGCCGUCUACCAGUCGCUCCUCCAUCUCAGCUGGGUUGACAAGCUAUUGGACAAUAUUGCAAUCAUAUUUGUGGACGUUUACAAAGAUCAACUCAAAAACACGAGAGCGAGGAUAUACGAGUAUCCCUUCGAUAAAUAUUUCGACCAACAAGUCCGAGAAUUGGAGGAUACAACUGGCCCAUCCAUUGAAGAGUACACUGGCUCAUACUACGAUGGCAAGAAGAACCCUCUAGUUGCUUCGGAUAAUGGUGGCCCACCUCCUCCAUCAGACCCUUCACUUCUUUCAGCGCGGCAGCAAGCUGCGCAACCCGCGGCGGCGACUUCGAAUGGAAGCUCGCCAGUCGCUACACCACAAUCCUCUAGACCCGCGACUCCCUCCACAAACCACCUUCUGACGGCGAAACCCGGUCCGGCUGGUCGAGUAUCGCGACGCGCGCGCAAGGCAGCAAAUUCUAGCGCUAACGUUUCCUCCGGAGAUGAAAGUGUGCGAAAGGGAAAAUCUUCGAAGGAGAAAAAGGCUCGAAAGUGGACUGCAGAAGGCCUCGCGGAUGAGGAUGACGGUGUGAACCUGGACUACUCGGCUGCUGCAGACGAAACAACCUCAGCCCCUGCAGUGGAAGCCGUGGCUCAGGAUACAUGGGGUCGAAAGACAGCCAAGGGACAGUUCGUUUUGAAGGAUCUCGGUGAUGAGGUCCACUCGAUUCUGGAAAAAGCGGACUCUGAAAAAACUAAAUCCGGUGGCAGUAGUGGGAUUGUCGGGUCCAGCUUUGGCGCCAUUGGUGGACUCUUCCGUAACAUUGUGGGAGGAAAGAUAUUGAGAGAAGAAGAUCUCGAAAAACCUUUGAAGGCUAUGGAGGAUCAUCUCAUGAAGAAGAAUGUCGCUCGUGAAGCUGCGCUACGCCUGUGCGAGGGCGUGAAACAAGAACUUGUCGGAAAGAAGACGGCUAAUUUCCAGAGUGUCGAUGCCGCUUUACGGUCUGCCAUGGAAGCUUCCUUACGGAAAAUUCUCACUCCUACGUCGUCCUUGGAUCUAUUGCAUGAAAUACAAGCUGUUACAGCACCUACUGCAAAAGAACAAGCGCCCCGCCCCUAUGUUAUCUCUAUUGUCGGUGUAAAUGGAGUUGGCAAGUCCACAAAUCUGAGCAAGAUCUGUUUCUUUUUACUGCAGAACAAUUAUCGCGUAUUAGUUGCAGCCUGUGAUACCUUCCGAUCUGGCGCUGUUGAGCAGUUGCGUGUACACGUGAGGAAUUUGACUGAACUCAGCGCUCGCGAGAACAUAGGCGAGGUCGAACUUUACGAGAAAGGAUACGGCAAGGACGCAGCAAACGUUGCCAAAGACGCCGUUGCUUACGGGGCUGCAAACAAGUUCGACGUUGUAUUGAUCGAUACUGCCGGGCGUCGACACAACGAUCAGCGACUAAUGUCCUCUUUGGAAAAGUUUGCGAAAUUCGCCAACCCGGACAAGAUCUUCAUGGUUGGCGAAGCUCUUGUUGGCACGGAUAGUGUGAUGCAAGCACGAAAUUUCAAUCAAGCCUUUGGCCCAGGACGCAAUCUCGACGGCUUUAUUAUUAGCAAGUGUGAUACUGUCGGUGACAUGGUGGGAACGCUUGUAAGCAUGGUUCAUGCCACAAGUAUCCCAAUUGUGUUUUUGGGAGUUGGACAACAUUAUGGCGAUUUACGUGGAUUGAGUGUUCCAUGGGCUGUCGGACUGCUGAUGAAGUGACAGGUCUUGUAUUCUUAGACGUUCUCAAGAAAUGAUAUGCAAGUAUCAAGUAUUAAUC